AUGAAGAUGAUAGAAAUAGCAGAAUGCUGCAAUAUUAAUAGUUCCACAAGCCAUUCAUUAAUGCCACAUUUUGGGGUUUCUUUUGGCAUUGCCUCUUUUCUUUUCCUGUCUUAUUUUUGUAGGCCGGAGCUACUGGAAUUUCAGGUUGAAGUCGUUGCCGGUGUUGUCGCGUCUGUGGUGUGCCGCUGGUUUCCUUUGGAGAUUAUAGUGGACGAGGAACUUCCACUUGAUAUUGACUUUGAAAACGAACCAGAUGGAUUGGAAUAUUAUAUCAGAAAAUUAGGGAUUCAUGAUCUAGGAAAUAAUUCUCAUAGUAGAACAGCGUCAACUUUUUCAAAAGCUGAAGUCAAGCCAACAGAAUCGCGAAAAGAAAUCAUCUCUGAGAUUUACUACAAAUGA